AUGAAGUUCCUUCAGGUUCUCGGUUGGGCCACUUUGGCCAUGGCUCUGCCCAGCCCUGCUCCCUUGGAAGACAGUGUAAUCGCUGUCGAGCACCUUGAGAAGAGAGCUACCGUCACCGAGACAAUUGUGGGCAUUCUCAACAACCUGAACGCAACCGUCACCACUGAUCUGGCUGCUGCCAACUCGGCCGCUGUUGCUAUCCAAAACGCCAACAGCGUUCAGGCCAUUGUCAGCGCGACUGCUAUUCUUCGCAGCAACUACCAGGCCAUCAUCCAGGCCAUUACUGAUGCCACGGCCGCCAUCAGCGACGCCACAGGCGGCGGCGCCGGCGGCAUCGCCGCUCUGCUGGUCGGUCUGACUCAACAGGAGAUUAACCAGUUGACUGCGGCUAUCCAGCAGAUCGUGGCCCUGGUCACCGCGAUCCGCGCCAGCCUAACCGUCACCUCCACCCUGGGAGCCGCAGUCAACGCCGCUGCCUCGAGUGAGAUCGCCGCCCUCCGCACCAUUCUCGUUCCCUUCCUGGCUCCCCUCGCCGUCCUGGUCCAGGCUAUUGCCACCGCAUCUGCCACGGCCUCGCUCACCGUCACCGGUCUUCAAGCCGCCUUUGCUGGUCUCGUCACCAUUACCAGACAGCUCAUUGCUGGUGUCUAA